CUUGUCCUGCACUUGCUACGAAAUCUUGCUCUCUUUCUACACACUUGGGAUAGCGAUGAGGUGGACGGCUCCACCAACCCGACGUGAAGUUUCCCUCGCGCUAUUCUCCCUCAUCGUCUUCGCUCUUUCAUAUAAUAUCGACUCUACAGUACGCAUCGUUGGCGUCAGCCGAGAGAACGCGGUCUUGUCCCGGCUUGGUUUCGGCGGCAACAGUGCGCUGGGUCCAGACGGGAUACGUAUUUCCGGUGCACAGGACGCGUUGGAGCGAGCCAUAUACGGCGAAUGGGCCUGGCAGGAAGGAGAGGUCGCCGGAGAUGCUGCUGGCUCUGGUCAGGCCAAGGGUGUGGGCCGUUUCGGUGCCAUGUGGUUAGGGAAACGCGAUAUUGGGGAAGUCAGAAGUCGGACAUUGGGGCAGUUAACCGUGGAUCAGGCUAUCUGGCGGUGGGGCGACGACGUGCCCAGGGGCAAAGUGGUUAAGCAUGUUCCUGGCUACACAACAGUGGACAAUAUUAUUUUAUUCAAUGGGACCAUGAAUAUCGUUACCGAAGAUCCCGAAAGCGUACCGCCGCUGUCGCAUAUAGUCUUAUCCACAGACUUGAACAAAUGGAACGUCCUCACACCUGAUCAAGCGCGACGUAAAUUCGGAUCCUACGGCGGAAGAAUCUCCGGUGUUUCUUGGAUGGGAGCAGACUCUUCCCCGCACAAUUCGACCCUGAUUGCUCUAUGGCGGGCAUACAGCAUGCUUGAUCCUGACAUCGGACCCGAUGGAGUUACCAAGUUGUCUCCUCCCCGACGACUAAUUUAUCCCUAUUAUGGAUUCUUCACCGACCCGAAUCCGGUGCACGCCGAUGUGACCACGAGACGACAGCGAGUGGUCAAUGGAAUUCACCCUGAGCUGGUGAAAGCUGCUUUCCCACAUCUGACUGUCAUGUACUACGGAGACUGGGAGGAUUACCACAAGCUGGGAGCACCGUUUGUUUUUGACCGACUGGUCGUAGCAGACCGGACGGCCGCUACCCAUGGGGUCCGGGAUGACGAGGCUAUUUACGCUGCAGCUUUCAAAGCGCAGGGACCUUCAGAACAUUGGUGGGAACCAGUGCGCCGGACGUUAGCAACGUACUUCGAGGUCUACGGAGCCCAGGCACCGAAGAAGGUCGUCACAUAUGUCUCUCGACAGUCUCAUGCAGAUGGACUCCGACUCAGUCCCAGCGACCACAACGAAUUUGUUGCAGCUUUGAUGGACCUGGAGCGGGAUGGUAUUGAAGUGCAUGUUGUCUCCGAUGUUGAUGGCGAGACAUCCUGGAGUGACCGAUUGCGUGCAAUCACGCGCUCAACAGUUGUGGUCGGUGUUCAUGACAAUGGCUUAGUGGACUGCGCCUUCAUGCAGCGGAAUCCGCAAGCCACAUUGAUGGAACUCUUCCCACCUCAGACUUUCGCCCGAGAUCAGGAAAUCAUCGCUCGAUCGCUCAACAUCCAGUACAUGGCCUGGUGGAACGACAAACGAUUUACAUCCGACAAUCUUCCCGUUGUCUCCCCUCCCCAUGAUCACCAUACUGUGCCUAUCGACAUCUCAGCGAUGAUCAAGUCCAUUCGCCAAACAUUACAUUAGCAUCACUGUAUACUUUCCCAUGAUAUAUUAUGUUCCACGACAGUUUCC